GUAAUAUCAAGUGAACAAUGUCAUAUGCUAUUUGGAGACUACGGAACAUUUAUCCGCCGUAAAAUCUUUCUUGACAUCCAAGCAACACAAAUUCUGUGUCCCUGAUUUCUUUUGCUAUAUAUAUAUAUAUAUAUAUAUAUUUAUGGAUCUACUACUGACACGUUAGGCAGGUACCUUCAUUGUUAAAAAUCUGUCAAAGAAUUAACAAUGGCAAUGGCGGCACUAUCGAGUGAGAAGGAGAAAAUUGAUAUGGACGAGUUGGUAAAAUUAAUUAGUGUGAAUGCAGGGGCGUUUAGCUCUGGUGUCAUAAAAAAUGAUUGGAAUGAGGUUUUGAAAAUUUACGAGUCAUUCGAUUGUCCAGAAGAUUUGCAACGUAUGAAAAUCACUCGAUCUGAGGAGAGAGCAUUACACAUGGCAUUACAAAUGACAAUGAACAAAAAGAAAGAAAAUUUUGCAACUUUCCGAGAAAAAAGAGAGAAAGUUGUCAAGAAGCUGAUUGAAGGGCUGCAGAGUGUUCCGCUAGACGAAUUAGCAGAUAACAGAGGGAACACACCUCUCCAUGUGGCUGCAAAACUGGAGGACCAGCAGAAAAUGUGCAUUUACAUGGCUCAUACGCACCCUGAAGGUAUCGGUGAUCGUAACCAUGAGAAUGAGACACCACUCUUUUUGGCAGCUCUCUAUGGUUGUAAAGAAUCUUUCAUUGCUCUCUCUGAUAUCUGCUGCUCCAAUCACGGCCUCCGCAAAAUCUACGAAUAUGGCAGAAGGAGCAUCGAUGGCAGCACUGUCCUUCACUGUGCUGUCAAUGAAGAGUACUUUGAUUUGGCAUGUGAAAUAAUUUUUAGGUUUCCAGAGUUUGUUCACCAAGUUGACCAGAGAGGAUACUCUCCUAUGCAUCUAUUAGCUAGGAAGCCCUCAGCAUUCAAAAGUAGUUGCCCACAUACUUGGUGCCAAUCAAUCAUUUAUCACUGUGUACCAGAAAAGAUUUUGAGGGUGAAGAAAGUUAUGAAUCAUUCAAAAAGAGCUCGAGCUGGGAGGAUAAUAAAUUUUGUCCUGAAAAAAAUAGUGGUGAUUCUAGAAAUGAAAGAGAAGCAUCGGAGUUCUAUUAAGCUCAUGAACAUGCUUCUUCGCGAAGUUUGGGUAUGUAAUUAUACAAAUACUGGAGGCAAACCUACAUCGGACUCUGAGAAUGCCAACAUUUUGGAGAUCACUAGAAUCUGGAAUGAGAGCCAAAAUCAACAAGAACAAAACGAUAACCAAGCUUCCUUGGAAAGCAGUCAAAAGAACAAAGAAGAGCAAGCGACACCAAUACUAAUUGCAGCAAAGAAUGGUAUCAGUGAAAUGGUUAGCCAAAUCCUCGAUGAUUUUCCUGUGGCCAUAUAUGAUACGAACCCAGAGGGAAAGAAUGUGAUGCUCCUAGCAUUGGAAAACAGAAAACUUAUGGUUUAUAAGGAGUUGAUGCGUCGCAAUGUCACGAAAGAUUUGUUACACCAUAAUGAUAAUGUCGGAAACAAUGCAUUGCAUCAUGCUGCAAUGGUCAAAAUUUAUCCGCCCUCAGUUGCACCAAAUGCUGUUCUACGAAUGCAAUGGGAAAUCAAGUGGUACGAGUUUAUCAAGGAACAUCUGCCAAAAAGUAUGUUGGCUCACCAAAAUAAGGAGGGCAUGACCCCGGACCAAGUUUUUAUGGACACACAUGCUGACCUCGUGCAAAAUGAUACUGACUGGCUAAUGAAAACCUCAGACUCUUGCACCAUUGUUGCAGCACUCAUUGCAACCGUCGCCUUUGCCACAUCAGCCAGUUUGCCAGGUGGCAUUGGCGGAGUCCUCGGGGAACCAGUUCUGAAACGAGAGGGCAUGUUUGAGGUGUUUGCCAUCUCAUCACUCGUGGCGCUCUGCUUUUCACUCACAGCAGUGCUCAUGUUCCUUUCCAUUCUCACCUCUCGACACCAAGCCAUGGAUUUUCAUGUUUACUUACCCAGAAAGCUCCUGAUAGGUUUGACGGCGCUUUUUAUAUCAAUAGCUUCCAUGUUGGUAUCCUUCUGCGGUGGACAUUUCUUUGUCCUUAGAAACAUAAUCAAACGAGCACAGGUUGUUGAAUAUUUAGUGGGGUUUCUACCCGUCAUGUUUUUUAUCAUAGCACAGUGCCCACUCUACAUUAGGCUUUUCUCGACUACAAUAUUCAAGAGAGAUCCUUAGAGUGUCUUCAAGUUUGCCUAUAUAUAUAUAUAUAAAUAAUUUCAUGUGUGUCACGUUCUUGUUUCCCAGCUUCAUCUAUAUCCUUUAGUUUGAUAAUGAAAAAUCAUUGUUAUGACUUAAUUCCCCAUGCUUUGUAUUAAUAAAUGAUGUGUGUUCUCUAUUGUUUUAUAUUUCUACAAAAGGCAGUGUCAAAAGUACUCAUGUUAUCAAGCACAUUUCAUAAAAUGAAUUCU